AUUCAACACCACAGCUCAAGCAGCCAUGAAUCCUAUGGUGGUCAAUAUCGGCAACGGCCAAAGAACAACCGGCCGAAAAGCACAAAUUAGCAACAUCACAGCCGCAAAGACAGUUGCCGAUGUUAUUCGCACCUGUCUUGGGCCUAAGGCCAUGCUCAAGAUGCUGCUGGAUCCAAUGGGUUCUGUCUUGCUGACAAAUGACGGACAUGCCAUCUUGCGUGAGAUUGAAGUCGCUCAUCCUGCUGCAAAAUCAAUGAUUGAGCUUUCUCGCACACAAGAUGAGGAAGUCGGUGAUGGUACCACCUCUGUCAUUAUUUUGGCUGGUGAGAUUCUCGCUCAUGCCCUACCGCAUCUCGAACGCAACAUCCACCCCGUUGUCAUUAUCGCCGCAUUCAAGGAAGCCCUCAAGACUGCCCUUGAGACAAUCGAGCAAAUCUCAGUCAAGGUCAAUACAGACUCUGAUGAGGAAAUGUCACAAAUCAUCAAGACGUCCAUUGGAACAAAAUUCUCUAGCAGAUGGUCUGAUCUCAUGGUCUCGCUUGCUCUGCGUGCCGUACGUUGCGUCACAACUGAACACUCUGGUAAGCGCGAGGUAGACAUCAAGCGAUAUGCGCGUAUUGAAAAGAUCCCCGGUGGUGAGAUUGAGGAGUGUUGUGUCUUGGAUGGUGUCAUGCUCAACAAGGACAUCACUCAUCCAAACAUGCGCCGCAAGAUUGAAAAUCCCCGUAUUGUUCUACUGGAUUGCCCGCUCGAGUACAAGAAGGGCGAGUCGCAAACCAACAUUGAAAUCACAAAAGAGGCAGAUUGGGCACGUAUCCUGGAGAUUGAGGAGGAGCAAAUCAAGCAAUUGUGCGAUAGCAUCAUGGCCGUGAAGCCAGAUCUCGUCUUGACCGAAAAAGGUGUCUCUGACCUGGCACAGCACUACCUCAUGAAGGGAAACAUCACUGCCAUUCGUCGUGUUCGCAAAACAGACAACAACCGUAUUGCUCGAGCAACAGGCGCCACCAUUAUCAAUAAUAUCGCCGACCUUCGCGAUGCAGAUGUCGGUACAGGCUGCGGUCUCUUUGAGGUGCAAAAGAUUGCAGAUGAAUAUUUCACGUACUUGACAAAGUGCAAAGACCCUAAAGCAUGCACCAUCUUGCUGAGGGGUCCAUCGAAGGACAUCAUCAACGAGCUCGAACGUAACUUGCAAGAUGCCAUGUCUGUUGCGCGCAAUGUCAUGUUCAACCCACGUCUCUCACCCGGUGGCGGUGCCACAGAAAUUGCCGUCUCUGUCGCGCUGGCCGAUCUCGCCCGACAAACAGAAGGCGUAGGUGCUAAUUGCAUCAAGAGUGUCUCGGAAGCCAUGGAAGUUAUUCCUCGCACACUUGUACAGAAUUGUGGUGGUAAUCCGAUCAGAGCACUCACUGCAUUGCGUGCAAAGCAUGUUGCUGGUUUAGCUGCUGGGGGUGGCCCAACUUGGGGUAUCGAUGGUGAGGCUGGUAAAGUGGUGGACAUGAAGGAGUACGGCGUAUAUGAGUCGACUGCCGUCAAAGUCCAGAGCAUCAAGACCGCCAUUGAAAGCGCGUGUUUGCUGCUUCGUGUGGAUGAUAUAUGCUCAGCGUCAAGGAGUAAGAGUAAAGCAAUGGGUGGACCUCAGGAACAGCAAAUGGCACAGCAACAGCCCGAGGGCGGUGAAGAGGGCCAGGAAAUGAUGGAGCAGUAAUAUGCCAACAUGAGUAGACUUUUUGCAUACUAUGGCAUAGAUGAUAUCUCUUCCAUCUGACUUUC